UAAUAAUUACUGUACAUUUUGUAUCAUUAUUAGCACUUGAUUUUAGUUAUUUUAUUUUUUUUUGUUUUUUUUUUUUAAAAUGAUGAAAAAUUUGAAAAGUGUGGCUUCACAAAAUCUUUUACUACCAACUCGACUGAUUAAACAAUCUAAAAAACCAAACAGGACAGAAGAAAACGACUGGUUGUUAGUUGUAACAAAUUGGUAUUUUUGGAUUUAUACAUGGACUUUAAUGGUAGUCGCUCUAGUAGGUUUGGGUGCUACUAUUAUGUUAAUGAUUGUUUUACGGUUCACUACUAAAAUGGAGAGCAUAGAAUUUCUAACUGACAGUGACCUGACUAAACUUAUGGGCAAUAUAGAUUUAGAUGAAAUAUACAAAUCUGAUGGAAUAAUGGAAGGUUUUAAAGAUAUACCAUUAGAAAUAGCAAGUGAUAAUGAGAACAUAUUUAUGCAUGUUAUCAAUCCAGAAGAUAAAAGUCUAGAAUCCGCAAUUCAACUGGGGUUUAGUAAAACACAAGUAAAAAACAUUGAAUCAUUUACAGUGGGCAAUCCAGAAAAUCCCAUUUUCACUACCUCAUUUCCAAACUUUGGACUUCCAGAAGGUGUGCGUCACUUGGAUGUAGCCACUGUAUAUACCAAUCGGAUAGUUAGUCCAUUAAAUGAAUCUUUAACGUUAAAGUCUUCUAAUUAUACACGGCUAAAAGGUAAUGAAGGAACUAUUAUUGAUGGAUCAAAAAUGAAAUGGUCGGCCGAAGGAGAUAUAUUUCUCAGAUCAGUGAAUGGCACGGUGGUAUUAAGUUCUGCGGGUAUUUAUUUAGAUGUUCAGAAUUUGCCAGUAGUACUAUCUAACAAAUUUGCUGCUCAUCAAUAUAAGCUGUGUAUUUGUAUGCCCAGUGGAAUGAUUUUUAGAGUCCCUGUAUCUACAAGUUAUAAUUCUCAUAUGGCUUGCAGUAUGGUUGAUCUAGAAGAAGGCAACCAUCCAUGUGAAUAAAAAGAUGAGUUUGUUUUGAAUUUAUCAAUGAAAAACCAAUUGCUACAAAUUUACUUACAAUGAAUAUCAACUAUAAUAACAAAAAA